AUGGCGAUGUCAGGGAGAGUUUAUAGUUGGUACUCCGCCCUUUUGGCGGCGAUGUGUAUGGUGCUCUACGGCUUUGACGCCUCCGUGUUCAAUUCCGUACAGGCAUCAGACAACUGGCUAGCCUACUUCGAUCUCGACAAGGACGAAGACACACAGCUGAUUGGCCUCAUCAACACGGCAUACACUAUUGGAGCUAUCGUAGCUGGUUUCUUCAUUGGCGGACCUCUGGCCGACUUCGCUGGACGCAGAGUUGGAAUGGGUGCUGGCUGCCUCGUCACCAUCAUCGCCGCGUUUAUGCAAGCUUUCGCGCCACGACAUAACCUUGGAGUCUUCAUCGCUGGGCGUGUCAUCAUUGGUCUUGGGCAGGGGAUGGCCUUGACGGCUGGUCCCGUGUACAUCAACGAGAUUACUCCGGCUGAGAUUAGAGGUGUUGUCAUGACGUUUUGGCAGCUGAACUUCAGCGUUGGAUCGUUCAUUGCUUACUGGAUCAAUUACGCGUGCUCUCUCCGCAGGGAGGAACUUGGAGACUGGGAUUGGCGAAUGGUCGUCCUCUUCCAGAUCCUUGUUCCGACUAUCGUUUGCACCCUUCUGUGGACGAUCCCUGAGUCACCCAGAUGGUACAUCCAGAAGAACAAGCCCGAGAAAGCACACAAGGCCAUCUGCUCUCUCCGAAACAGCCAAGAAGAAGCCGAGCAGGAGCUCCUCACCAUCAGAGAGGCUAUUGAGUAUGAGAAGGAGGCUAUCAGCACGAACUACACGGCCCUCUUCAAGGAUCCUUCCGUCCGAAAACGCCUGUUCUUGACUAUGAUCCUCAACGUUGGACAGCAACUCACCGGCCAAGGCACCCUCAACAACUAUUCUACCGCAAUCUACCGGAAGGUUUGGCCCGAUACCAGAACAAUCAACCUCAUCAACGCACUCAAUGGAACUUUCGGUAUCCUAUUCACACUCAAUGCGAUGUGGACUGCAGAUCGGUACGGCCGCCGAUGGCUGUUCAUGGUUGGUGCAGUCGGUAUGGGUCUGUGUAUGCUCCUGGUCCCAGUUGUCAGCUUGGCUACCCCGGAACUUGAGGGAGGUGUAAAGUCGCAAUCAGUCGGCAUUGCGAUCGUAUUCCUCCUCUUCUUGUUUGCAUUUUUCUACAAGCCCAGUUGGGGUGCAACUGUCUGGAUCUACACCGCCGAGGUCUUCUCCAUGAACAUCAGAGCUCAAGCUGUCGGAAUGUGCUCUCAAUCCCAGAACGUCGCCAACACAAUUUUCCAACAAUUCUUUCCCACAUUUCUGAAGAACACCGGACUCAAAUGUCUCUUCUUUUUCAUGGCGGUUAACUUCUUGCUGGUCGCAUACGUCUGGUUCUUCAUCCCUGAAACCAAGAAGGUCCCCCUGGAAGAGAUCGACGUUCUUUUCGGUGGCGCCAACCAUGUUGAGAAGGGUAGCCAGCUGGUCAGCCUCGGUCCCGAGACAACAACCAAGGAUGCUGCUAUUGGAGAACAGACUUUAGGGAAGAAGCAGGACGGUGAAACCCGGCAAGUCUACUCAUUACCAUCACUUUUCGACGUCUACAAGUCUACAUCUGGGGGGCAAAUUGCCCGGGAAUCCGAGGAUGACCGCCGCGCAUCAGAUCAUUCGGCGUCUGUCCCGAUCGCUCUCAGUCAGCACGGAAUCGGGCGACCUUUCGAGGAUAAAGAAAAGUCUAGGCUGUUUAUGCACUAUAUAAAUGACCUUUCCAUGUGGGUCGAUGUUUGCGACGUCAAAAGACAUUUCGGUACAGAAGUCCCCAAGAGAGCUUGCCAUUCGCCCUUGUUGGCCUACUCGAUCAUUGCCCUUGCAUCUCGAAGUCUCUGCUCCAUAGCAGGAACAGACGACUCAAAACCAUCGACGUACUACAGCCAUGCCCUUCAGUAUCUUAUCCCAAUUUUGGACAGCUCAUUUGAAGCAUUGAACGAAGAAGUGCUAGCCGCGAUUGUCAUCCUCAGGCAGUACGAAGAGAUGACCGAUUCUGACUUCGGUGUCCACCUUUCUGGCAGCUCAAAACUGUUGAACUCCAUGUUCAGCCUAGCAAGCAAAGGAGGCUUGGGAGAGGCAGCAAGUUGGAUCGUCCUUCGACAAGAUUACUGGGUGGCGCUUGUCAAGUCACAGCCCAUGAGCAUCAAUUUGGACAGCUACAAAGGCUCAAGCUCAUUUGUCCGAACUGAACCGGAAUGCUUGGCCAAUCGUGCAGUAUUUCUAUGCGCACAAGCCAUCGCGUACGCCUUUCAACCAGCGGCAAUCAGGGACCUCGAUAGGUGGAAUAAGCUCAAUCAGGAGCUGGGGAACUGGUUGAUCUCUAAUCCAUGGCACGCGGAUCCUCUCUGGGUUGAACCGCCGCAUACUAACAGCGCCAACGGCUCCGCGUUCCCCACAAUCUGGAUGACGCAUCCCGCUCACGUGGUUGGAUAUCAACACUACAGCUUGGCACGGAUGGUCCUGCACAUCUUCAAUCCUUACUUGAGUAAGCCGAGUCUUGACACUUUCAAGAAGAGAAGGGAGUCGGAGAAAGCUGUUCUCGACAACUUUCGAGUGCUGCUGGGGCUCGCUAUGAGCAAUCCUUCUGUUGUCAACGCAGGGUUCACUGCAUCGCAUACCUUGAGGGCCUGUGGUGUCUAUCUCACUGACCCCAAAGAACAGCAGGAAAGCCUGGAGUUCCUGAGGAAGACUCAUCUAAGAACCGGGUGGUUGACGAAGGAUCUCAUCGAGCAAUUGACAGUCCAGUGGUCUCAGGAUGGUAGUAGCAGUGCCUUUGGUCAUCUUUUCUCGGAAAAGACGUGA